ACAAAUUAAAAAAUAGUAGUAAUCCACUAUUUAAUUACUAUUUUGGUAACAAUUUAUUUUUAAUAUUUUUCGAAAUAUUGUAACAACAAGUUUUUCCGGUGAUUCUAAAGUAGGCAGGUAUAAUGUAUUUGUAAAUAUGUAGAAAAACUGCGUACUACAUCCACACAUUUAAAAAUACUUACCGGUUUAGGGCAUGCGCUACAAAACACAGUUCGUUCUUGAAAAAUAAGUUCAGGAAAAGGUUUAAUCCAUAAAUUAAUUUGAGUUAUCUUCGACAUAUUGAUACACCUGUAUCCCUUUAAAUGCUUUCAAUACAAACUCACGAUGAAAAAUAAUAGUAUAACGUCUCUUCGACCACCACUAAACGUACCAUUAAUACACUUAACUAACAAACAAAAAUAUUGAGAAUGAACGGUAUUUCCAAAAGUAAUUAGGGCGCGAAUUUACCUGGAAGGAUAGCUUAACACCCAGUGGUGUCUCCAAACUACCAUAAAACCCUAACCUUUCCUAGUUAUUUGAAGCUCAGAAGAAUAUUUCCAAUAUGAUUCAUAAAAUUUCGUCUUUCUAGAUAAAUGCCGAUAGAAUGACAAUAAUUUUUUUUUCAAAUUAGCUCAAAAAUUGAUAAAAAUGCAAAAUAUGCACCCGUUCCGUGAAAUAUGCAGCAGAAGGCAAAUAUAUGCAAAUAUGCAAUUUUUUUAUAGCUGUAUUCAUUUCUAAUUAACAUGAUUCGUCCACAUUUUAAAUAUCAAGACUUAUAUGCAAAAAAUAACGGAUAUGCAAAUUUCAUAAAAUCCGCUCUCUACUCAUUACGCAUCAGAAGACAUAAAUGUAGACGAUUUUAUAAUAAGAAAAAGUAGUGUGAUUAUCCCGCUCCUGUGGGGGGUUCACAUGGACCCAAAAUUUUAGAAAAACCCUAAAGAUUUUCGUCCUGACAGAUUUUUAAACGAAGAAGGGAAAUUUUGUCAGUCGGAGUCUCUGAUUCCGUCUCAAAUCGGUAAAGUUGAGUUUGCACUAUUGUAAAAAUUUGACGCAAUUUUUCAGGUAAACGGAUGUGUGUGGGUAAAGAUUUAGCAAAAAUGGUCAUAUUUAUAUUUAUGGCUACUGUUCUGCGGAAAGUGAAAAUUGAGUGCCGUGAGGGUGUGGAUCUGUCUUAUACUUUCGGUUUUACAUUGCAGCCCAAGCCACAAGAACUGACUUUCACGACUGUAUAAAUUUGAUCUGUUAAAUCACAGGACACAGGAAUCGUCGUGUUGCAACAGUUAUUAUAGUUAAAUUUGUUUAAUUUAGGUGAAUUUAAAUUUCAAGAAUCGAACGAGUAUAUCUAGGCUCAUUAAAGUGGACCCAAAAACAUAUUAAACUUAACAAGCUUGAAAAUCAAAUUAUCACUUCCGCUAAUUAACAUUUCUCUGACACCACGCGUCGAAUUUGUAUUUUAAGGUUAUCGCAUUCCGUUCUGCAGCAGGUGUUAAAAAAGUGCAAGUAAUACAAUGUUCUCUUAUUUAAUUCCUCGUUAAAUUAAAAAUAAUGUGACAGUACUACUUGCCACAGACGAUGCGAAUUUAAACAUAAUUUUUUUUAAUUUGUAUUGCAUAAAAACCAGUUGUCGGUCGUUUGUAAGUAUAUAAAGCAGAUUUGUUUACGAUAUUGUCUAAAAGCUGAAAGUGGUUGGUUUUAAGUAGAAAAUAAACAUGCUCGCAGCAACUAUAACUAUUUUGGCAGUUAUUAUAAUCUUUAUCUAUAUAUUUCCCGAAUUCCAUAGGUCUCCUCCAGGACCCUUGAAUUUGCCACUGCUUGGCUCUCUCACCAAAAUAGACCAAAAAGUACCCACUUUAACUUUUAUAAAACUAAAACAAAAGUACGGACCCAUCUAUAAUGUUAAACUUGGUUUGACGAAUAUUGUAGUCAUAUCUGAUGCAACAUUGUUGAAAGACAUUUUGCUCAGACAUGACUGUCUUCCGCGACCCCCGUGUCACAUUUUCAACAAAAUUUUUCACAAUAAAGGAAUCUCAUAUACAACCCAUGACCCGUGGAAAAACCAACACAAAUUUAUUGCAAACUUCAUAAAAACUUCCAAGGUACUACUUGAAAAUCAAAUACAGAAAUCUGCUGCGGAAUUCGUCCAAAAUGUCCAAACCCAAGGACUUCGUGUACCUUUACACACAGUUGAAGUUAUAACUCGCUAUGUAGUUGAUAUCAUGGGGACUGUAUGUUUGGGCAUAUUCAACUACGACGACGCCUUGAUCAAAACCCUAUCACAUAGCUUCAACCAACUUCUCUCCGGUGCUAGUACUUUAAUUACAACAACUUCCAUACAGUGGAAUCUAUUGUAUCGAGCACAGCACCAAGAAGUCCAAAAUCAAGUACGCCAAGAACUCCAUGAUGUUCUACACGGUAAAACCCUUCACAUAGAUGACUUAUCAAAACUGUCUUACACACAAGCAACUGUGGCCGAAGUGGAUACAAUUAGAACGCUGCUACCGCUAGGAUUUCCUCGUUAUACUUCACAAAAUAUGGUAUUUCUAAAUUAUACUAUACCAGCAAGUACCAUGAUAGUACCGCUACUAUGGGGCAUUCAUAUGGAUCCAGGUGUUUGGAAGAUGCCCGAGGAAUUUCGUCCUGGUCGGUUUUUGAAUGACGCUGGACACUUUUUUCAACCGGAGUCAUUCCUGGCGUACCAAGCUGGUGAAAGGAUGUGUGUUGGUAAAGAUUUAGCUAAUAUAAUGGUAGUUUUCUUUGUUGCAACUGUUGUACAGAACUUUAAAAUUGAGGGUUUAGAGUCAGGUUCUGUGGAUCUGUCGUAUGAGUGGAGUUUCCUGACUCUACCAAAGCCACAAGAACUGGUGUUUGUACAGUUGUAAAUAAUUUGACUGAUACUGUUUGAUUUUAAGUCAAUCAUAAAUAGAAUAAAACAAUAAAGAUUUGUUUCACCCAUUUGUUAAAUUUUCGGUUUUUCCAGCUUCCAUGACGUGUGAUUUACCUGUCGGUUGUCUGUCUGUUUGUGACGAUUUUUACUAGACAGAUAAUCUCCGAAAUUUCUGGACCGCUUGGUAUCAAAUUCUAUGAAUGUGCCUUGCAAAAAUAUGGAUGACAUUAAUACAAGUUUUUGUAACUUCAUGGACGAGGGAAGUUUUGCCGAAAUAAUCUUCGACCAAUUUUGUUUUGUUUUGUUUUGGAGUUUAGAGAACAAAU